CCGCCGUGCGGCUGCUGCGAGCGGCUGGUGCUCAAUGUGGCCGGGCUGCGCUUCGAGACGCGGGCGCGCACGCUGGGCCGCUUCCCGGACACGCUGCUCGGGGACCCAGCGCGGCGCAGUCGCUUCUACGACGGCGCGCGCCGCGAGUACUUCUUCGAUCGCCACCGGCCCAGCUUCGACGCGGUGUUGUACUACUACCAGUCGGGCGGGCGGCUGCGGCGGCCGGCGCACGUGCCGCUCGACGUCUUCCUGGAGGAGGUGGCCUUCUACGGGCUGGGCGCCGCCGCCCUGGCGCGCCUGCGCGAGGACGAGGGCUGCGCCGUGCCGCCCGAGCGGCCCCUGCCCAGCCGCGCCUUCGCGCGACAGCUCUGGCUGCUCUUCGAGUUCCCCGAGAGCUCGCAGGCUGCGCGCGUGCUGGCCGUCGUCUCCGUGCUCGUCAUCCUCGUCUCCAUCGUCGUCUUCUGCCUGGAGACGCUGCCGGACUUCCGCGACGAUCGCGACGACGCCGGGCUUGCUGCCCUGGCUGCGGCAGCAGCGGCUGGCCCGUUCCCAGCUCGGCUGAACGGCUCCAGUCCCAUGCCUGGAACUCCAUCUCGCUUGCCCUUCAGUGACCCAUUUUUUGUGGUGGAGACGCUAUGCAUCUGUUGGUUUUCCUUUGAGCUGCUCGUACGCCUGCUGUCCUGCCCAAGCAAAGCAGUCUUCUUCAAGAACGUGAUGAAUCUCAUCGAUUUUGUGGCUAUCCUGCCCUACUUUGUGGCACUGGGCACUGAGCUGGCCCGGCAGCGGGGGGUGGGUCAACCGGCCAUGUCCCUGGCCAUCCUGCGAGUUAUCCGAUUGGUGCGUGUCUUCCGUAUCUUCAAGCUAUCUCGACAUUCAAAGGGCCUGCAGAUUUUGGGUCAGACACUUCGGGCUUCCAUGCGUGAGCUGGGUCUCCUCAUCUUCUUCCUCUUCAUCGGGGUGGUCCUCUUUUCCAGUGCAGUGUACUUUGCCGAAGUUGACCGGGUGGAUACCCAUUUCACCAGCAUCCCUGAGUCUUUCUGGUGGGCAGUGGUUACCAUGACUACGGUUGGCUAUGGAGACAUGGCGCCUGUCACCGUGGGUGGCAAGAUAGUGGGCUCUCUGUGCGCCAUCGCUGGCGUGCUGACCAUUUCCUUACCUGUGCCAGUCAUAGUAUCCAACUUCAGCUACUUUUACCACCGAGAGACAGAAGGCGAAGAGGCCGGGAUGUACAGCCACGUGGACACGCAGCCCUGUGGCACACUGGAGGGCAAAGCUAAUGGGGGAUUGGUGGAUGGAGAGGUGCCUGAGCUCCCCCCUCCACUCUGGGCCCCCCCUGGAAAACACCUGGUCACCGAGGUGUGAGGAGGGACAGCCUGAGGUGUGCAAGACCUCA